GAAAACAGCUGAACAGCUGCUAAAGAAAAUUACGUUUUUUUUGUUGUUAUUUUUAAGAAAAAAGUAUAAAAACUUUAAGAUUUUUGUGAAAAAAAUCACAGUAAGUUUUGGAAUUUCUUAACAGAAUGAAGUGUUUAUUGUUAUUGGGAGCAGUAGUCCUUGUUUGUCAGGCUGCCGUAGUGCCACAAGAAGAUGAUCAAGAUAUUAAAGUAAUUGAUGAUAAAAUGUCUCGUAUGUCUCCAGAUUUUGGUAUACAUGAUUUAAUAGUUAUACCUAUUCCACCCAUACCACCGUUUAUUUCAAAAAGAUCUGGCGAUAUAGAAGAAGUUGAUGAAAUCACUAACAAAGACAUGUCCAUGAAUCCAAUGGACAUGGAAAUAACAACCGAGAUAGAUCCUUUAAUGUCUAUGGAAACUCAACGUAAAAAACGUUCUACUCCUUUUAUUUCAGAAACUGUAGAAUGGUUUACCAAUCUUCCAAAUGAUCAAGACGUAAGCACCACUGAACCGUGCGACUUGUUGUGCACAAAAUUUGAAUUAGAUCCGAUUUGUGCCUCGAAUGGUGUGUGUUUACAUGAAUUUCCGAAUCAAUGUACUUUAGAGGUCUAUAAUUGUAAACAUAAAGGUGGUUCAGUGUUUGAACCCACCGAACAUAAAGACAAAUGUCAAAUGCAUUGGCUGACCCAGUGUGAUGAGAGUGAGAUGUAAGAGAAAGGUGGGGUAAAGAAAGAAAUAAGUUUUAUAAAACAAUUAUUAAUAAACUUGUAAACAAAUCGAAAAAA